UGUCCGGCUGUGGGCCUCGAUUGGAAUGUAAUUUGGUGCAAAUUGUUGGAAAUGGUUCAAACAGAUACGUGACAGCAGUGGAAAACAGUUUGCUUCCGACCAUUUUGAAGGGUUCUUCCGGGUCGAACCGAUCGAUGUGGUGACAGGUGAAACUAGUGAUUGGCGAGGAAAAUUUUUUAAUUGUUCGAAAGAAAUGUUGAAAUAAGGGUGUAGUUUUAGGGUGCAAUAAACGAAGAAAAUUGGCGAAGAAAAUCGAAGAAUUAUCCAGCUCUGUUGCAAGAGUAUACUCCAGUUAACCGAAGAAAAUAACAACAAUGAUGCAGCUCCCAAUAUGCAUGUUGAUCCUCGCUGUGACUGUUACAUGCGGCAGCUAUGCUGCAGAAUUCAAACCAAUGAUCGCCAGUGCCUACGGUAAACCUCCUCUGGUUCACACCCAUUGGCCACCGAAGCACAGCCUUGGAUCGGUGGCUUUGAAGCAAUACAUGGUCCAGCUGCGCAGUGGUAGCCGAUUAUCUCCGGUGGCAGUUCGACCGGCACCGGCAAUGAUGAUGAGCCUAAAGCGCCCCGUAAAGUCGGUCUUUUCUCCAACAUACCCGCUACUGAAGCAGCACCAUCUCAAGCGACCAAUCCUGGGAGCUCACAUGCCCUUGGUGUUGAAUCUGAGUUUGAAACCCAAAUUCCAGAGUUCACCACCGGGCCUCAAAACGGGGGGAAUCGUUUAUGAGAAAUUAAAACCUAUAGUUCCACAGUCUAGCGGACGGGUGACUUCCCCCAAUGAUGGAGCGAUUCACACGAUUCCCGCACCGAACCUAUCCGGUACGCAAGGAAAAGCGGUUCACCAGCUCCAAAUAACAACAUUUGAUGACAAUAAUCAUUUGGAAAUCGAUAAUCAUAAAUCGACUAAGCCACCAAAGAGCACGUUUGCCCCUAAACCCACAUAUGCCGCUCUAUCGACGCCACAAACGAUUGCGCCAUACCGCCAUCAGAUACCGUAUCCGCCUGGAUCAACGCACCAAUAUCAGGUCAUCGAGGAGCAUAACAACGAUGCAACACUGAAGAACCCAUACUCUGGACAAAAGACUUACUUUGCCCCCGAUCCUGAUCCGUCGCUACCGAGCAAAAUCCUUCUACCUACCCAAGACCCACUAAGCGAACCGAGCAAUUUAAAGUUUCCACCCAAAGACCUUUUAGUCCAAGCCCAAACUCAAGCCCAAUCGCAUUACCUACCCCAGCUUAGUACUGCGCCAUUGAACCAAAAACCCAUUUACGGGAUCGUGAACACAGCACCACAGCCAAGUUAUGGCGUACCGUUGGCCUCUCAGCCUCAGCUGCAGCAGCACAUUCUACAACAAUCAUCCAUGAUGCAGGGAAUGCCUCUCUACAAUCCAACCUAUCUCGUGACCCAGUCCAAUAACCUCUUCAACAACCACCAGCAGCAGCAGCUACAGACGACUCUUUUCAAACCGGAGACGAGUUAUCUCGGUACCGUACCAGGUCCUCAACCUCCGGCAAGUAACUUUGUCUACAAUUCGUACUCCUACAAACACGGUGAACCUGCAGCCAGUGCAGGUCAGAUUCUUGCCGCCACACAGGACCAACUGCACGAGCUUCAGUCCGCCGUCAGCCAGAUCCAGCUGAACGACCUCCAACAACAGCAUUCGCAUGAUUCCCCUACGUAUGCCCAACUAGUUGGUCACGAACAACUCUCCCUUCACCAGCAGCAAAUCCCCCAGCAGAAUCAACUAGAGCAGCAAUUGCAGCAGCAGCUUAUUCAACAGCAUGAAAAAUCCUCCCAUCAUCAGCUCACGGAAAGCGAAAUCGCCAACCUACUCAACUACGGUACUAUAAACUUACACAAUCAGCUAUCACCCAACGAUUACUACCACUACCAGGUCGAUCAGGAGCAGCAGAAUAGCUAUCAGCACCCACUUCAACAGCAGCAACAGGAACAACAAUCUUUCUACGAGCUUGCCGAACGCCAACAGGAGAACGACCGAAUCCUAGCGCAGGCCCAACAGGAACUGUACCAGCAGCAACAGCUUGCCUAUCAGGCAAAUACGGUCGCUCCACAGUUGACGCAGCAGCACUCUCAGGCACAGGCACAGGCCCCGCAAACUACGGACUAUCUGCUUGCCUACCAGGAGCACCAGCAAGCCGUUGCCAAUGCGCUCGGACUGGGCAACGAUGCCCAGAACAGCAAACGAGCAACGGUGGAGCCAGUCGAGACCACCCAGAGUCCCCUUCGAAUAGUCGUACCGGAUGGCGAGGGCGAAUCUACCGACAGCGUUAAAGCCCAGAAACGCAUGGACGAACUAAACUACGAGUAUGCAGACGACGAGGAAGGGGUUAAUCUAUACAAUACUGAACCCAGUGCCAACCAAGAGCAAGACAGUAUAAGCCGACUAGAUGCCGAUCAAGAACAGGAAUCGGCAGAAGAUGAGAACGAACCGAACGGAAGCAUUGAUGAAGGAAAACACGACGAAAACGAGUUCCAUCGACUUUACAGUAAUCAUAGACUAGAUUGACCGCGUUAGGCUGUUAAAAAACAUGAAUGACUGAAGGAUACUGAACAGACCUUCGAGGUGCUUGCGAGCGUGAGUUCAAACUAAAAGUAAUUGAGCUUGACAUAUGGCAAUCGAGCUUUCUGUACUACUUUAAGACCUUUUUUGUGGAAAAGAAGCGUUGGGCCUUAUUUGCUCGAUUAUGUGGCACACUGAUACUAUUUAUUUUAUUUAUAAGCUUUAAUGCGAGA